CCCGGCGUGAGGGGGCGCCAAGGAGCCAGGGGGAAAAUCGUAAGGCGCUGGCGAGAGCCUGCAAGCGGUGCUACCCGCCACUUCCCACCCUCCGGCGCCCCGCCCCGAGGUAGGGGCUUUGGAGGAUGCAGCCGGGAAAAUCAUUAACUUUGGGGCCUCAUCCAGAGUAGCAUCGUCUACAUGGGCAUUCCUUCCUCCUACUGUUUCAGAAAACCUUUGAUAACUAAUUGAGAAAAUGCAGAAGAUCUUGCAGACAGAUGAAAUUACCAAUAUCCAAGCUUUUAGAAAAGGAAAGAGGAAAAGGACAGAGACAAUGGACUCAGAAAAUCCAAAUAGUGACAUGGAAAAAGGACAGAGAGAUCCAUAUUCGGGAAAUGCCUUUCUGCCUGGGGAGAGCUCCAGUGAGGAUGAAGCACCCUUAGCAGAAUUAUCAAAGGAGGAAUUAUGUGCCAAGAUAAAAAACCUGAAAGAAAAACUAACAAACACCCGGAAAGAAAACAGCCGGCUUCGACAGUCUUUGGUCAUGCUACAAGUGUUACCACAAGCAGUCACCCAGUUUGAAGAAUUGGUUAGCAUGGCGGAAACCUUGCUUAAGGGUGGAGGGACCAUGUCCACAUCUGCGUCCACUCUCUGGAGAGCAACAAAUAAUUCCUCACCAGAUUCAUUUGCCUCAACAGGCAGUAAUUCCAAUUCUAAUUCUAGUUCACUAGUUUCCUUGAAGGCUGAGGAGGAGCAUCAUCCUGAAGAGAAGCAGGUAUGACAGGUAUCUGAAGCAAAGCACCUUCAGUUUUAAGACUAACAUUGGACUAGAGAAUUUGCAACCUCCCUGGCAGUGAGCAUAGAGAGAUAUGUGCAGUGACAGGCUAUAAGUCAUCUGUAACAUCGCUGGACUCUCCUGAUGGAGUAAGAAGCUUGCUGAAGAAGCUGCAUGUCGAUUCCACCCUGAAUACCAGUGAUGCAUCAAACCAGAGAAAUUCUACCAGUCAAAUAAGCAUGCAGUAUGGUUUCUUUGGAAAUAUGCAUUUCCCUAUUCCCAAAUACUUCUCUGUACAGCUGAGCAGGAUAGUCAGAGCUCUUACAUUAGCAACAAAAUUUCAAUCCCUCAGAUCAGUCAUUGUCCUAACAAAACAUUGUAUAUUUAUAAUUACCAGUGACUCCCCAUUAUAGGUUUUGGAUCUUUAGCAUAAGCACAUGUUUGGAAAAGUAAACAGAAAUAAUCAAUGUUCACAAAGAGGAGAAUGGCAAAGUGAGCCUGCACUCUUGUAGCCCGUCAAACCAAGUAAUAAUGUUUCAGAAACAAUAUUAUUCUGUUAUCUAAAAAUGCAUAAAAAAGGAAUCUGGGGAAAACAGCAAACAGCAAAACCUUUUUAACAGUAAACUAUUCUACCAAACUCCUGAAAAACAAAUGAGCCCAAGAUUUGUGUGUGUGUGUGUGUGUGUGAAAACAGUGUAUCAAUCUCCAAUAUAAUCUUUGAGUUUGCUUAGCUGAUAUGCUUCUUUUUAUUGUCCAAAAUAAGCUAAGUACAGAUGUCUAAUAUAAAACAUCCAUACCACCUAAAACAUCCUAUAUAAGAUAUAACAUCAUAUGUGUUUGAUUCGUUAUAUUGCUACACUGCUUAGUUUUAACUGGUUUGUUUUCAUGGUAGCAAAGGAAAAAUGAAUUGAAAAAAAUCAAUAUGGGUUUGAUAAUCACACAAAAAAGACAAGUGCCAUUCUGUAAAAAAAUCAACAAAAGACAACAUUCUUCAUGAGGCUUCUCACUUGAUGUCAGGUUGUCACAGAUGACCACUCUGCAAGGUACAGCUGUGCUUCUUCAGUGUACAUAGUCAUGUUUAAACUUGGAAAAGAGGAUGCUACAGUAGUUACAAAGUUCUGUAUCAUGGACCCAGGGAACAUUCCAUAAAUGUUGCUUGAUAACCAUAUGGUUGUACAAAAUAAAGUUCUUAAGAAAAUGACUUACAUAACAUUUGCUACUUUUAAUUAAACAUAAAUAAAUCCUAUUGAAAAGAGAAAUGACAUUUUCUUAUUUCUUUACUAAUGUAUAAAAUUCAGAGAAAUUUCUUUUUCUAGGCAUAUGGCCUCUUCACUGAGGUAUUACCUUUAUAAUUUGACUCUCUGGUUAUGGUUUGUUUGUCUUGAGUCACACUACACAGGAGAUAUAGAUAAUGUCCAAGAGGGUAAAUAUAUUUAAUAUUUUCAUUGAAAAAAAUGGUAAUCUUACUAAUCUUAUACUAUUUCUUCUUUUAAAAAGCCUACUUGAUAAUAUGCCGGGUUUCUGUUCUCGCGACUAAAAGGCUCAGGGGUCACUCCAGUUGAACUGGGCUAAUUGGGCUGCACAAAAUAAUCACACAAAAGACACAAAUACCUUUUUCUUUGGCGUCGCUGUGACGGCUCCUCUGACCUUAAGGGUCCACAGGAAGAGAGAGAGAGAGCACCGCAAGUGCUGACCCCUUUUAUUGAGAAGCUAUUCAAAUGAGGUAAGGGGUCAGGUUUCAGGAGGCUGAGUCUAUCUUCAUGAUGUCCACUGUCAGCAGGCUGACUGACAUCUGGGUAGAUCACACCCAAGGGCACAGUAAGAGAAGGGGACACACACAAGGCACUUCCAUGGAAGAUUCUACCCUAAACAGGGCAAGAGGUUAUAUUACAAAGGAACAGGUGAGCGUAGUUUCACCCAUAUGGGGCUGUAGGAAGACACACAUCAUGGAACCCUAGAAGAAUGGGGCAGUCUAGCAGCAUGGGUGCCUGACUCCACAUCACCCAGCAGGAGAAUUAAUUUAGUCACAUGGGAGGUUGGUCUCCCACAAUAAUAGAAGUAUUGUCUACUAAAGGUAAAUAAAAUUGCCUUUGCAAAACAUAACCAUAUUAUUCAAACAUAAUUUGUAUGGUCUUUAUUUUGAUAUAUAUUGAUGUCUUUAGAGAUAAGAGAAUAAAUGUAUUUUUUAAAUUCAGCUUUGUACAUUGGUCCUUAAAGAAUUUGAAAAUCAUAAAACCAAAGCAGAAUCUCAGAAAGUCAUGUAUACAUAUGUAUGUGUAUAUAUGUGUUUUCACAUUUAUAAGAAUUUAGAACACAGUAGAACUUUAAUAAGUAGGGAAAGAAAGGUUUACUCAAUAAAUGAAAAAAAAUGUCAUAUUCGUACUUCAAACCAUCUUCUAUGAUUCCAUAUGUAUUUCAUAUUCCAUUUUCCAUAUUUGUGUUCUCUGAAUGGGAAGCACAUUCUCAUUCCAAGGCUAGUGCCAUGAAAAGACCAAAGAAAAAUCAGCAGUUGAAGUCUGGCUUACAGCAGGCUUGCACUCAGUUAUUAGAUUUAUAGGUUAUAAAUUUUCCAUUUCUGAGUGCUUUCUUUUCAGAAUAUAUUUUUUGCUUAUGCUUUCUGAGAUCCACUACUUAGGAGACAACUUGAUAUUCUCCUUGCAUUUGCUGCCCAAUGUAAUUUAGUUCAGUCUUUUAAAGUAUGGAUUUUGAGAUUUUCUGUCACUUACAUUGCUAAAAAUAGAGUACAUGUGUUUUGUUAUUCUUCUUUUUUUAUUUCUCUGAGGUGCUUUUUAAAAUUAACAUUUCUGGGCAGGGACUGUAGCUCAGUGGCAAAGGGCUUGCCUCGAAUGUGUGAGGCACUGGGUUCGAUCCUCAGCACCAUAAAUAAAGACAUUGUGUGUCCAUCUACAACUAAAAAUAUAUUAAAAAUAAGUAAAUAAAUA